GUGGAACAGUUCGAAGUGUGUUUGUCUAGUCACUCAUUGUCAUGAAUUAAUCAAUAUAAAAUUGUCUUCGCAAUAUUUUAGAUGUGUCUUUGUUCUACUCAGGUUAGAGCUUCUAUCGUACUUAUAGUAUUUCUUAAAUCCGUGAGUGGUUCUGUAGUCCACCCAACAAUGCUAUUCCUUGAUAGAUAUUUGGUGGUUCAAAAACUCUUGUCGCUAACCCACCACAUCGGUCAGCCGGGCAACCUCGGCCUCCUAUGCGCGCAGCCUCUCCUUCAAGUGUACUAUAUCUUUUUUCAGACCGGCCUGUUCAUUUCUCCAUUUCUCCUCAUCGUUUUUCCACUCCUCGAGAAGGCCCCGUGCAGCCUCAAGAGGGCACUUUGGGGCCAGCAAACUUCAUGGACGGCUGUGUCCCUCAGCAACAUCCUAGUCGGCUUACGCGCGCGCUUGCAGGAAACAGAAUGCUGGUACAGGUUCAGCAUCUUGGUCAGUGAAAGAAGCAGCUGGGGGGGGGUUUCAUAUUCAUCGCCCAAAAUCGGGUCAUGUCGUCAAUGAGCUGGUGCAGUUGAGUUUUGACUCCGAUUUUUUUGCUUAACUUUGCUCUCAUGACCAGUAGGAAGUGAACGCGGUAUGUGAUACUCGGUUGGUAAAAGUUUCAAACAAAGUCACAGCUUGCGACGGGGCGCUCUAAGCUAAAGUUGUAUACUUGCAGUACUCCUGCAUAUUGACUCUUCGGUAAAAUGAUUGAAAGCGAGCGUGGAUUUGGAAGAGAAAUAAGAAGCUUCGUGAUAACUUCUCCUAGGGCAACUGCUAUUAUGAUUGAUUUGUUUGUUAUUUAUUUAUUUAUAUCGUGCCUAUAAGGGCUACGACACGGUGACGUUAGCUAGAUCUUUUAUAUCAUAUUUAC